GUUUUGCUCUACUCAAAUUUCCGUGUUCUGUGUGUGCUCAAAAUUAGCGGGUGCUCCGCUUGUUUAUUUCUGACAGUGAUUGUAUUGUAUUCCAAGACGGUCCAAGUUGAAGUUGAACUUUAUAUUCAAAAUCUAGUUACUUGACUUUAUGCUGAGUAGGCUAUGUUCGAGAGCAUCUCAAUGGCUGAACGACAGACAAGCCUUCCUAACUCUACCUUUCACCCUAGGCUUAGAGACUCCCAUCUAUUCUUAGCACCAUCAAUGACCUAUGAACUGAGUUGAAGCUAUAUAGGCCUAUAUGGGAACAACUCUGAAUCGAUUCACUGCUCGCACCCACCGCACCAUAUCAAAGAUAGAGUACAAAUACAUUGAAGCGACAGAAAUGCGGUUUCUUAUACUAGGAGUAGGAGACUGCACUGAGUAUCAUGGAAGGAAAAGAAAUCAAAUGAGGUUGCACCGUUGUAUUUGCUUCAAUAUCUUUACAUUUGAAAAGUAAAGAUUUAAAAUGGAUGCAUUAACAUCAGAAGUACCUUCUACCUCAAGUGUUGCCCAUCAUGCUACAGGGUCCUCGACAAUAUCUGCAGCUAAUGAAAGUAUACCUGAGAGAGGCAAAAGUAACAGCAGCUCUAGUCUCAUGAGUCGAAUGGUACUCAAUGACAACAAGGCUGGCAUGGAGGGUCUGGACAAAGAGAAAAUAAACCAGAUAAUUUAUGAGGCUUCGAAAGGAUCCAAAUUUUAUGAGAAUGAAAGAAAGAAGGAGGAGCAACUGAACUUGAGAAUAAAGGAGCAACAGUUUCAAAUGGAUAAACUCACGCCUGGAAAACUACAGGAAGGCAUAAGAGAGGCAGAUCGCAUUAUAGAAAACUUAAACCAAAGAUAUGAUUUAUCGCACACAAUUGUCCACGUAGACAUGGAUGCAUUUUACGCUGCUGUGGAGAUGAGGGAUGAUCCAAGGCUCAGAAAUAAACCAAUGGCUGUUGGAGGCAUGGGGAUGUUGAGCACUUCAAAUUAUAUUGCUCGUCGAUUUGGAGUGCGUGCUGCUAUGCCUGGUUUCAUCGGACUGAAGCUUUGCCCAGAUCUUGUAAUGGUCAAGCCAAACUUCACCAAGUACACGGCUGUCAGUCAUCUGAUUCGUGAAAUCUUUGCUACAUAUGACCCGAACUUCUGUCCAAUGAGUUUAGAUGAAGCUUACCUGGAUUUUACGUCUCAUCUGGACUGGCGAAUUACUUCUUCCGCUAUAGAUAGGACAUUUCUUCUGCGCCCAAGAUCUGUAUUAGAUGCCUCUAACAUUGAGUCGUCUGCAGAUUCAGCUUGUGUUUGUGACUUAAAUAAAGUGUUACGACCUCUUUUAGUAAGCUCAGAUGAAUUACAGGAGAGAACACUCUCAGAUUUUUCAGUAUCUACAGUGAUUGAAAAAUUGUGUCAGAAUUCAGAGAGAUUUAAAAUAUGUCCUGAGUGCCAGAAAAGUUUUCCCUCCUUCAAAGCCAAAGUAUAUGGAGUCAGCACGGAAGAUGCUGUGCUGGAGAUGAGAAAUCGUAUUGAACAACGAACUCUCCUGACUGCAAGUGCAGGUAUUGCUCCUAACACGAUGUUGGCGAAAGUCUGCUCUGACAGAAACAAGCCUAAUGGACAGUUUCGCAUUCAGCCAAGCAGGGAGGAAGUCACAAAUUUUGUGGAAAGUCUGCCUAUACGGAAGAUUUCAGGUGUGGGUAAAGUGACAGAAAAGCUCUUGGGAGCUCUUGGUGUAUCCAUCUGCAGCGACCUGCACCUACAGAGAGGUGUGCUCUAUCACCUGUUCUCACCCACAUCUUUCCGUUACUUCAUGAGGAUAUCCUUAGGCCUUGGCUCCACCUUGAUAGAGAGGGACGGCGAGAGAAAGAGCAUGAGUACAGAAAGAACCUUCAACGAACUGAACCAGCCUGAGGAGCUGUACGAGAAGUGUAGAGAGCUGAGUCGUGCUCUGGCAGAAGACUUGCAGGAGGACCGCCUGGUGGGGAAAACAGUGACGUUGAAAAUCAAGACCGUGGCGUUCGAAGUGAAGACCCGUAGCCAUACUUUACAAUAUGACACAAAUGAUGAGAACAAAAUAUUCCAGGCGGCCAAACAGCUUCUGAAGACAGAAAUGAAAGCUGAGGCUCCCCAGCCCCUGAGGCUCAGACUCAUGGGAGUGAGAAUGUCCAAACUAAGUUCUGACAGUGGUCGUUGCACCUUGACCAGCAUGUUCCAAAGGCAGAUGGAGAAAAACUCGGUGACAGGGACGGCACCAGCAAAGGUGGAUGUAGAAGACAAGCCAUCUGACAGACUCGACUUAACUGGACUAGCAGGAACAUCUGACGUGGUUGAGGGAGAUUUUCACUGUAUAGAGAGUACUGGAGAUGAUGACUGCGCAAUAACCUCAUCAGAUUGUGAUAUGCAAAAUGUAGAAAAGUGGGACCAAAAUGAUAAUGGAUGUAGUGAGUUUGAUGUCAAACGUCUAUUGGAAGCCAAGAGGCAUACUGCAAAGAAAGGCAGCCAAGGGAAGGGUAAACAAACUGUGAGCAUUCUUAACUUUGUCCGCAAAGCUGACGAAAAACAAACUCCUAAAGUUUGUGAUGAAAGUGAAGAUAGCAGUUGCAGUUUAUUUGAAAAUUCAAAGUCGGAGGCAGUUGUUGUGAUUGAUGGGGAAUAUGAGGAAGCUGUUCCUGAAAGAGGUGAUAUUCUUUUUGCAAAAGUCCCUUCAGAAGCUGUUCCAGAGUUUACCAAUGAGGAGCCAGACCUUGUGCGUUGUCCUAUCUGUUGUCAGCAAAAGAGAAACUGGCCUCUAGAUUUGUUCAAUGACCAUGUGGACCUGUGUCUCAACAAACAAACCAUCAAGGAUAUUUUACAAGAUCAAGAGUCUCAGAUGGCUUCGACAUCGUCCUCAACCCCCUCUGACUUGAAUAUGACUACCAACAGGAAAAGACAAAAGCAGGAUGUCCAGCUUCCAAGCCAGAAAAAAGGGGUCAAGCGAUCUAAGGGCCAGUCAAGUUUGUUGUCUUUCUUCAAAUGACCUUUGACUAUAGUAUGAGAGCAAUACUUUUGUGUGAUCUUUUCAACAUAUGCAUCGUAAGGUCUGUGUUCAACUUAAAGUGGAUGUAUGUGAAUGCAAAAUUGUGCCAUAUUGUGUUCAUUUUUGUCAUAAAUCUUAUCCCUACAGCUAUUAGGUUAAGUCUGUGACCUACUGACUUAACUGCAUUAACUGUACAAUGCUGAAUUUGUUUGAGUGAGUGAGAAGCCUGUGACAGAGUUUGAAUGUACAAUAUAAUGACUGUGGGUGGUCAAAAUCCAUUUGAAAAAUGAAGAAUGUUCUUGUAGAAUAAAUUUUGACUCUGUUUGAGUUGGACUCUUGAAACUAGCAUGAUUUUCAUUUGUCUUUAUAGGUGACUUUUUUCUUAAGUAGUGCACCAUAUCUAAGGGCAUGUCUUCUGUGGAAGAAGGAGCUUUUUCUGCUUUACUGGCAGCGUAAAAAAAAAAGUAGGCCCUACACUUACUAAGUUACAGUACAGUUCUGCUGUCUGACAGUAUUUGAUGAGUAAAGUACACAUUGCAAUGUUUUCUUGAUCUCUCUACUGACCCAUAUUUGUUGCAAAGCUCACAAAUUAAAGAGGAGAAUAAUAAUAAACAUAGAGGAGUUUGCUUUUGCUUAUAAUUUUAAUAUAUAUGAUUCAUGGCCCAAAUGGGAUGGUUAAAAAAAAAGUUUUUUACCUGUAGUUGUUUGAUGCCCCAAUUAGCGCAAAUGGUAUGAUUGAUACUAUUAUGUCAACUUUAAUUCAAAAUUUCUUUACUCUACUGUAACUAAAAAAGACACGAGGAAAGAGAAAAGCUUUGCUGUUUGCAGGCCAAUUUUUUUCUGUGAUAUAUAUAUAUAUAUAGUAACAAAUUAAAACAUGUUUAAUGUUAAGAUUUGGAAUUGUUCAUCUGUGCAUCAUAUUAGAAGUUAAAAAGAAACAAAUAAUUUUAUUUUUCACAUUGACAGCCUGCUUUUUAUUUACCAUCUGUGACUCAUGUAUUAUCAAAAAAAGGAAAGAUUAGAAAAGGUAUAUAUUUUUACUUAAGGUCCAAUAUUUGAACAGAAAACAGCAAGGCUAGUUUGCUUCUAAACACUUGGUUGAAUUCCUUUAAAGUUUGAUCUAUGAAAGCGGAGGUUUAAAUUAAUAGUUUAGGAAAAUGAAUGAAAUCUUUACCUUAGGUGUCCAGUAAUUUGGAGGGUUUUUUUUUUGUUGUUGUUGUUCAUUUUGACAUGCAGUGCAAAUGUUGGCAAUGUAUUAUCUCUUUGAGCUAAGCCCUAGGGCCAACUCACACUUGUUAAUUGAAUCUGAAUCUGGUUAAUUCAAUAAUUGGUCUUGAAAUCAACAAAUUCUGAAGCGUGCUGAAAAAAUGAGUUACGUCUCGGAUUCGAGCCCAAUUUAUGAGUAUGAAAUAAUGAAAGCAGGCAUGUUAUACUUUUAAAGAAAAUCAAUCAAUUUGACCCUAGUGUUGAUUUUUGGCCAGUAUCUCCAUUUGUAGAUAGCAAGAAGUAACUCGUUUUGUCAGCACCCCUCUCAUUUUAGAAUACAAGGUUCUUUGGUUUAUCUCUUAUUUUGUUGUGUGUGGCAGAAAACACGUAUAGUACAUCAUGAGAACACAUUUUUUCCUAUUUAUGCACACUUCUAUUUUUUAUUAUUUGGUGAUCAACAUAUUUGUGAUACUUUUCUUUAUUAUGUUUGUUAUGAUUAAAUAAAAAAUGUGCCAUUCCAAUAU